AUGGACAAUUUUUCGAAGUUUUCCUAUGCAUUAUUGACAUUGAUGUUUUCAUUGCAUCUAAGUUUCAGUUGGGCCACUAGUGGCAAAGGAGUGAAGUGCUUAGUGACGGAGAGAAAAGCUUUGCUCAUGUUCAAGCAAGGCAUCGUGCAAGAUGACUUCGCAAUGUUAUCUGCGUGGAGGGAAGAUGGAGAUGAUGAUUGCUGCAACUGGAAUGGAGUAUAUUGCAGCAAUAAAACAGGUCAUGUUCAAGUCCUUGAUCUUCAUGGUUCAACUCAACUUUCUUUGAGAGGUAAAAUCAAUAUUACUUUAUUGAUUGAAUUGCAUGAUUUAAAACAUUUAGAUCUCAGUGACAAUUCUUUCUAUCCAAGUGAGUUCCCAGAGUCCAUAGGGUCCUUCACCAACUUGAGAUAUCUCGACAUCUCUAAAUCUCUUUUUGUUGGGAGUAUUCCUUAUCAAUUGGGAAUGCUUUCAAAUUUGGAAUAUCUUGAUUUGAGUUCCAAUAUGUUGUUUGGAGUGAUCCCUCAUCAACUUGGGAAUCUCUCCAUGUUGCACACUCUAAAGCUUGGCGGUGACAUUUCUGAUCUCACAAUAGGUGACCAGUAUAGUCAUGAUGCAAAGUGGAUAUCUAGGCUCUAUUCAUUAACAAUUCUUGACUUGGAUUAUAUUGGUGACGUUGGCUUUUCUCAUCUCUGGCUGCAGAUGAUUGUUCAACUGCCAAAACUAAGAGAAUUAAGACUAAGAGGAUGUGGCAUUUCUUAUGCUCAUAACCUUCCUCUAACUACUUCUCCCUUAAACUAUUCUUCUCUUGUCAUCCUUGAUCUCUCCUCGAAUAACUUGAACUCAGCAAUAUCUCAGUGGCCCUUCAAUUUUAGCUCUAAUCUUCAAGAGCUUUAUCCACUUGGUUGCAAUCUUUCAGAAUUUUCAUUUUCUAAUUUUAGUUUUUCUUCAUUUGUCAUCCUUGAUCUCUCCUACAACAUCUUGAACUUAGCAUUAUCUCAAUGGCCCUUCAAUUUCAGCUCUAAUCUUCAAGAGCUUUAUCUAAGUGGUUGCAAUCUUUCAACCCAUGAUGUUUAUUUUUCAUUUUCUAAUUUUGAUUUUUCUUCACUUAUCACUCUUGAUCUGUCCCACAACAACUUGGCCUCAACAAUAUUUCAGGGGGACUUCAAAUUGAGCUUCAACCUUCAGAAGCUUUUUCUUAUUGAUUCCAUAUUCUAUUGGAUUUCUAACUUCACCUUCAACCUUCUUGAAAUUGACCUUUCUGAUAACUCACUGAAAGGUCCCGUUCCUCAUGAUUUUGGAAACAUGGUGACAUCACUUGAAGUUCUUGAUCUCUCCUCUAAUAAGCUGCAAGUUGAAAUCCCAACAUCAUUGGGGAAUAUGUGCACACUGAAGAAAUUUCUUGUUUCAAAUAAUAGCUUGAGCGGGGAGCUUUCAAAUCUGAAUCUCUAUUCCAGAUCUGUAUUGCUAUUGCAGAUCUGUGCUGCUGCUGUACACCGGAGGAAGCGAUGCCUUGAAGACCUCCGUUGCCAUUGUGCGUCACUACUGUACAGCGGAGGAAGCGAUGUCACUACUGCAGUGAAUACCGCCAUUUUCUGCCGUGAAGAUUACACUUUGAAGGUGACUAUAACUAUUCCAAUAGAAAAUAAUGCUGAGUUGCCAGUGCAAAUAGAAGAUGAGGAUAUAUUCACGAUUUUUGAUGCCGUUGGAACUUCUAUGGCUUGGCCUUUAAAGCUCAUUAAGUUACAGAAUUUUUGA